AUGCUGGCGCUCCACAUCGUCCUCUAUGUCCUGCUCAGCAGCUGCCUGGCCUUUGCCAUUGUUGAGCUGGGCCUGACCGCCUACGUCGCGACCUUCUGGGGCGGGGAUCACAGAGAGUACUACUGGGAUCCCUAUCAGGGCUAUGUCUACAAGACCGUCCAUACGGAUACCCCAGGCAUCGUGAGCUUCAUCCUCUUCAGUGCCGUCUGGACCAUCCUGGUGAGCGCCGCCGCGCUGGUCCUUCCCUGGUUCUAUACUCGGAAGGGCGUAGUGAGCCGAACCUUGAACACGAUCCUCGGCGUCGGGUUCAUCAUCGGUUACUUUGUCACCUCCGUCUUCUGGCUGGCCUGCUUUGCCGAUAUCGUGUCCCUCCUCGGCGGUGUCACCAGCUCCAGUGACUACCUGAACGCCAUCAUUGCCUUUGCCGUUCUGCUCUGGCUCAUCUUCCUCGCUCUUUUCAUCCUGUCGAUCCUUGCCGUGUGCGGUGUAUUAUUCUCUGACUGGGCAGGCUAUCAGUCGAUGAAAAAGGGGGCGGCUCCCGCGCAGCCCCAGACAUCGACGGUCCCUCCUCCUGACCAUGAGGAGCCGAUGGGUACGGCCCCAGCCCCUGUUGCUGCUUCGGAGCUGUCGAGUUGCGAUGCUGAGGCUUUGCAGAACCAGCCACCCACCAGUCAAACGUUUAGCCCGUCAUCACAGUUAGGUAUUGCCAGUGCCGAGCUGAGCGCCGAUAACACCGUCUACCAUGAGCACCAUGCAGGUCAUCCGUGA